AUGUCGAAGCUCAUCACAGUCUUUGGUGCUACCGGACAGCAGGGUGGCUCUGUCAUUCGCACCAUCUUGCAAGAUGCCAGCCUGUCCAAGGAAUUCAAGAUUCGUGGUAUCACUCGCGAUAUCUCGAAACCCGCAGCUCAAGCCCUCGUCCAACAAGGAGUCGAGAUCAAGAAUGCCGACAUGAACUCCAAGGACUCGUUGACUCAGGCAUUGAAAGGCAGUCACUCGGUUUUCCUUGUCACUACACCCGACUGGGGUAAUGCUGGUUCUGAUGCUGAGCUAGUCCACGGCAAGAACGUCGCCGAUGUAGCAAAGGAGACUGGUGUCCAGCACCUUAUCUUCUCUUCUCUCCUCAAUGUGACCGAGACAUCGGGUGGUAAACUCACACAUGUCCCUCACUUUGAUCACAAGGCCGAGGUCGAGAAGUACAUCCGGUCGACUGGAGUGCCCGCUACAUUCGUGCUCCCCGGGUAUUUCAUGUCCAACUAUUCCGUUUUUGGAAUGCUGCGUAAGGGUGAAGACGACGUCUAUAACCUGGCUUACCCCGUCGGCAAAGAUGCUCCAUUCCCGCUCAUUGACAUUGCCACCGACCUCGGCAAGUAUGUCGCCGCAGCCCUGAAGGGUCGGUCAGAUGUUCUGGGAUCCCAAAUCCUGGCUGCAGCCGACUAUUACUCUCCUUCGCGCAUUCUUGUCGAGUUCGAGGAAGUUACUGGAAAGAAGACCAACUUCGUCCAAGUGGAUUCUGAGACUUACAAGAGCUUCAUGCCCGGCCCUAUGGGAGAGGAGAUGCUGGAGAAUCACCUGUUUAUUGAGAGCCCCGGUUACUACAAUGGAAAGAGCCUGAAGGAGAGCAACGAUCUGCUCAAGAAGCAUGGCUACGAAGCUACCAGCUGGAAACAAUUUUUGGAGAAGAACAAGGAUUCGCUCUGA